UGGGUGUGCCUGCACCCCGCCUGACAGCACCCGCGAUAUCGUUCUUCCUGGGGAUGCGCCUGCGUGGCCAGGCUCCGCCCCAGCCGCAGAGAAGGGAUCCCCAGCGCCCCUUGACCUUCAAGGAGGUGCUAAGUGAUCAGAAGAUAGCAAAGAGAGGGUCACCCAGGGGGACCUUCCCGAUCACGAGCCACACAGCUGAGGCUCCUAGCAGCCACUGCAAAAAGUGCUCCCAGGUGCAAACAGCGCCCCCACGUGACCUGCGCCGGCCGGCUCCGCCCAGGUGGCGCCCAUCGUCAUCACCUCCCCCAUACUCGGGUUUAUCCCCAGGGGGAGCGGGGCAGAGGUUUUGCUGCUGGCCCCACAGUGGGCAUGGAGGCGGCACCGGCCCGUGACUUGACGCGCCGCCGGCAGGAACUUCUGGCGCCACCUUGUCUGGACACCGAGUCGCUCCGUAAGAGCCGACCCCCCGCGCGGGAGCCUGGAGCCCUGAGAUGCCUCACUCCCAAUGGCAGGUCUCUGUGGCCUUCGUGCCAGGACUCGGUCAGCACAGCAUUGCCUUACCUCCAAGAGAAAGAAAACGGGCCACCGGGGUCCCCUUCGCUGGCCACCCAGGCCCUGGGGCCGUGCUGGGAGCUGAUGGUCAUUGGGAUGUCAGAUCCCCUAAAUAUGGCCAGAAAUCCCAAGAGCACACAAUGCCCCAACCCGGAACCUUCCAGCGCUGCUUCCCCGGCCUCACUCCAGAGAAGACCACGGAAGCAGCCGAACCCCCAAAUGGGUAUUGAGAAAGUGGACCCCAGGUUCGAGGGGGUAACUCUGGAGUUUCAGAUACAGCCGGACUCUAGCCUCCAGAUUGUACCCACCUACAGCUUGCCUGGAAGAAGUUGUUUACAAAGGCUCCCUGCAAGCCCUUCCAAGGCCCUUGUCAGUUCAGGAGGCAACGAGGCCCUCGGGCCUCGGCGCUGUGCUUCUUGUAGGACUCAAAGGACUCCACUCUGGAGAGAUGCUGAAGACGGGACCCCUCUCUGCAAUGCCUGUGGCAUCAGGUACAAGAAAUACGGCACGCGUUGUUCCAGUUGCUGGCUGGUUCCAAGGAAAAGCGUCCAGCCCAAGAGGUUGUGUGGCAGAUGUGGGGUAUCUCAGGACUCCCACCUAAACCCAACUCAGGAACUGUGAGCUCUUCUUACCUAGCCAAGUUAGUUUUGCCUCAGUUUCUCCAGAGGAGAAUAGGUAGAGAGUAGAGCACCUCGGAAGAAGGCACCCAGCCUGCCUUGCUGGCAGCGAUCCCAGUUGGAGAGUCAGGCCUCAGGUCCAGAGUCCACCUGUGGGGGUCACCCACUCUCUGGCUUCCCCCUUUUCCACUCAGUCUUGGCUGAACCCCAAA